AACUAGCCAAUGAGAGGCCGUCAUUUUCAUAUCCGGAAAUAAUUAAAGGUGCAUCUAAAAGCUUGUUCGUGAUUUUUUGCCACUAUUGCAAUCGUCAUGACGGAUGUUGAAGGGUCAUGCUAAAUCAAAUUAGCCAUGCAGUCGGGGACGAGUGAUGCUUUCAACCUGCACUGACCCGAUCGACUCUCAACAAACUCAGUCCAUGGCUGAGUCUGCCGCUCUCAAGUCCGGUCCAGUCAGCCCGUCAGAACACAGCUGGUUCCCGAGACCCCCACCACCAAUUUACACCUGCACCCUGAGCCCCGAGCUGGUGGCUAAGGCACGGGAGGAGCUUCAAGAGAAACCAGAAUGGCGCCUACGGGAUGUGCAAGCUCUACGAGAUAUGAUACUAAAGGAGCAGCCCAAUCUCAGGACGAGGCUGGACGACUCCUUCCUCCUGCGCUUCCUGCGGGCAAGGAAGUUUGACUACGACCGAGCCCUGCAGCUCUUGCUCAAUUACCACGCAGGGCGGAAGGCUUGGCCCGAAGUUUUCCAGGACCUGAAGCCGUCUACGGUGAAGCACGUGCUGGAUUUGGGCUUUCUCACGGUCCUGCCUCGACCGGACCCGAAUGGGAGAUACAUCCUCUGUCUCCGGCCAGGAAAAUGGAAAUCAGACGAUUACCCGUUUGUUGACAAUGUGAGGGCCAUGUAUCUGACACUGGAGAAGCUAAUCCAGCCGGAGGAAACACAAGUCAACGGUAUCGUAAUCUUGGCCGAUUACACCGGAGUCGGUAUGUCGCAGGCUUCCAAUCCGGGUCCUUUCCUUGCCAAAAAGGUCGUGAGCAUUCUUCAGGACGGUUUCCCAAUCCGAAUCAAGGCUGUUAACAUCAUUAACGAGCCUCGCAUUUUCAAAGGCAUCUUUGCCGUAAUUAAACCAUUCCUGAAGGAGAAGAUGGCAGAGAGGUACUUACUCCACAGCUCUGACCUGCGCUCCCUGCACCGGAACAUCCCACGGUCUGUCCUGCCCGAGGAGUACGGCGGCACGGCUGUGCAUCUGGACAUGCGCGCGUGGUCCAGACUGCUGCUGGACUCUGAGGAGGACUUCAUUGUUGAGUUCUGCCAGCCGGAUCCACUGGAGGGCGCCGUGCCACCGGAGUCCUUGCUGUUCCGAGGUGACGAAGCUGGGGGGCCUGAGGAUGACGCAUUCAGGGGGCUGCGCUCGCAACUUUAUUCGUGUUACUAACAAACAUUGGCAGAAUGAUGAUUGGUUGGGCAAGUUGCUUAUGACUUUUUUUGUCUACUAACCAUCCAGUUUGUGUAUCCUCGCUUGGGUUGUGAGUGAGCUGGAGCCUAUCCCAGCUAAUUUGGACACCACAGGCACUAUUUGGAGUUGGAUGGUCAGUGUUGUGUAGUUGGCACUCGGCUCAGUCGGCCCGUCACCAGCUGCAGGCGGCGCGUGACGCCAGUGUGGCAAAAUAUGCAUUCAUGAUUUGCCGCAACUGAUUGCAGCUUUGUGUAUUUUUUUGUUGUUGUAAUAAUGGGAGUUUUUCCAAGUCAUAGCAUAAACAGUGCUCAGUCUGUCUCGAGGCUCAUACUCCCACAUUGAAGCUGUUUAAAAAAAAAAAAAGAAAAGAUUAGUGUGAAGGCUUAAUUCCAGUGUUGUCCCAUCAUCUCCUUUGGCUAUUCUUGAACUUAUAAUCAACUAAUAGUAUACAGUACUAUAAAGCAAAGCCAUAUUCAGAUGGAUUCUCUUCAAGAGGAUUUAGUGUAGUUCAGGGCUCCCCAACCACCGGUUGGCGGGCCACUUGCCACCGGGCCGCACAGAGAGUGAUGGACAACAUCGACGUCACCGUUUUAACCUGUAUGCCUUUUUAUUUAUUCUUUUUAGCAGAAUGAUCACACAAGUCAAUCACAUAGUGAUUGAACAUCCAGCGCCAAACUUCACUAAAGAAUUGUGCUCGUAUGUCAUUAGAGCAAUAUGUUUUGUGAAUAGUACGUUAAGACGAAGCAAACUGCUGGUGCUAAUGAAGAGCAUUUAAAGGUGCUAUUAGCGUCCGCGGUUCAUUUUUUGUGGAUUCCGCCCCCAGUUGUGACUUUGCCAAAUAUCAUGAAGGAACAGUGCCAUAAUGCUGCAUCUGCUUUUUACAGUGCUUUCUUAUUGUUUACUUGAGCAAUAGCUUUGCUUUUAUAUUUUGUGCAUGUCUGUUGCUGUCAUUGAUUGCAUAGCAGAAUUUAACAGUAAAGUCAAAUUGAAACGAUGAA